UGUUCAGCAAUGCCGCUGCAGCUACCUGCUGCUGGACCUUUCUGACAAAUCGAGUAGCCAGCCGGCUGGUGGUGUCGAUCGGUCCAACGAAACAGGUCCUCGAAAGAGAAACGAGAAAAAGAGAAGCUGCCAUUUCCAGUAACUUGUUUAAAAUGGAGGAAAGUCUCCGGCCAUCCAGACCACUACCUCUAAAGCUGGAAUAAAAUCAAGAAUAUGUGACCUCCAGAGGAGUUAUAUUGGGGGCCGCGCAGAUGGGCUUUGUCACCUCAGAGUUUGCUGUGCUGCUUGGCAGUUGCUAUUUUGAUUGUGCGCUGCUCUGUUGGUUUUAAUUCAGUGGCACACAGAAAGAACCGAAAAAGAGCAGUUCUGUACCAAUAAGCAGCCUUAUUACCCAAUCAGGGUGAUGAAAACAACUUGUGCUCAAUUUGAUUGGUGGAUGUUUUUUUAAUAAGGCCAACUGACAAAGUUCUGUCAACCUGAACCUCACCAAUGGAUGGCCUACGACCCUCUACUUCCCUAAUGGGAGAAGGACAACAACUUUGAAAGCCAAAGAGCAACUUCUGCCUCUUCAGUUAAUAAUUAAUGGUAAUGUUGGCUAUCCUCUGUAAAGAUUCACUUACUCUGUGUCCUUUUUGGUCAAAUCGAUUCCCCGUGGAAGAGUUGUGGCAGGCCACCUUUCAAGCAGAUUACAACACUUAUGUGAAAGUACCCUUUGCAAAAUAAGAGGGACAGGAGAAUCUCACACUGCACAGGAGUUUACAUUCCAUGUGUGCCAUGGAAAACAAAAGAAAUGUGGAGAUUAAGGAAGAAGACUGUGAAUGGGAAGAUAUGGCACAUCAGAAGAAGGUGUUUGGCACUCAGGAAGAGAAGAAUUGUGAAUGGAGUCGAACAGUCAUUAAAGAGGAGUCUGGGCCAACAUCUGACACCACUGACUUGCAAAAAAAUGAAACGGCAAACCCUGUCAAGGUAGAAGACAUUAAAUUAGAGUCUGUUCCUCAACAUGUGCGUGCAGAUGACAGACUAACUGGAACAGGCUUCACGAAAAUGAAAUCCCACUUCCAGGUGAAGACUGAACCUUUGGAUUCUGACAUGAAGGAGACGGAAAAGGCAUUGCGUUCAAGGAAUUCUGGAGAAGAUGUGGAAAAAAGUGGCACCAUCUUCUCCUCUUCAUUUCCUCAGACAUCUCUUCACUGUAGACCACAGCAAAAUGAAAACAUAAAAGAGCUGACAUCUGGAUUAGAGGUUUUGGUGCCAACCUCCUUGCCUGUGAAACUAAAAAGAGCAGACACUAUAAACAGUCAACAGGUGCAUAAUGCAAAUAUAAAGGCUCAGUAUGUCCACAAGAAACAAAGGAGAACUACUAAACAAAAAUCUAAAACUAAACUUAAAUUGAGUCAUACACAACAGAAACCCUAUUCCUGUUCCGAGCGUGGCAAACGAUUUCUCACCAGUGGUAAGCUUCAAAUCCACACAAGAAUCCACACUGGAGGAAAACCAUAUUUCUGUUCUGAAUGUGGAAAACAUUUCUCCCACAAAAGUCAUCUUCAUGCCCAUAAAAGGAUUCACACUGGAGAGAAACCAUAUUGCUGUUCCCAGUGUGGAAAACAGUUCUCCCAAAUAGGCCAUCUUCAGACCCAUACAAGAAUUCAUACAGGAGAGAAACCAUUUUGCUGUUCUGAAUGUGGUAAACAAUUCUCAGAAAAGCGCAGUCUGCAGUUACACACAAUAAUUCACACAGGAGAGAAUUCAUAUUGCUGUUCCGAAUGUGGAAAACAGUUCUCUAGCAGCAGUAAUCUUCAGAUCCACACAAGAAUUCAUACUGGAGAGAAGCCGUAUUGUUGUUCUGAAUGUGGGAAACGAUUCUGCACCAGCAGCAGUUUUCAAACCCACAGAAGAAUUCACACUGGAGAGAAGCCUUAUCGCUGUUCUGACUGUGGCAAACAAUUCUCACAAAUAGGUAAUCUUCAGACCCACACAAGAAUUCAUUCUGGAGAGAAGCCGUUUUCCUGCCCUGAAUGUGGUAAGCAAUUCUCUAAAAAACGAAAUCUUAAGAUACACACAAUAAUUCACACUGGAGAUAAGUCAUAUUGUUGUUCUGAAUGUGGGAAACAAUUCACCACCAGUAGCAAUCUUCAGAUGCACAGAAAAAUUCACACUGGAGAGAAGCCACAUUGCUGUUCUGACUGUGGCAAACGAUUCAUCACCAGUGGGAAACUUCAAGUCCACACAAGAGUUCAUACUGGAGAGAAGCCAUAUUCCUGUUCUGACUGUGGUAAACAGUUUUCACAAAUAGGCCAUCUUCAGACCCAUACUAGGAUUCACACUGGGGAGAAGCCAUUUUGCUGUUCAGAAUGUGGCAAACAAUUCUCUGAAAAACGCAGUCUUCACUUACACACAACAAUUCAUACAGGAGAGAGGCCCUGAUGAAGUAAUUUGGAGAGUGUAUAAAGGAAGGAAAUGAGGAAAGAUUUAAAAAAAAAUUCUGUUAAUUCUUGAUGAGUACCUUUAAAUAAUCACCCAGUCUUGUCAAGGUAAAGCUACUGUCAUAGUGGGGAAAGGAUCCAAAGAGGUCAUUCACACUGCCUGCACAUCUCCCAGGAUAAAAAUCUGCAUUUGGGUAGGUUAAGGUAGUGGCAAUUGUACACUAUCUUCAGACCUCCAGUCUGGUGUCAGUUCAAAUGAGCGGAAUUUCUAGCUCAGAAACAAUGGACCUAAAAGACUUUCAGGAGUUCCACAACAGCGCACAAAAAACUUUAAGCCACAGCUAGCAACUUCUUUUCUCUCCUACAGUUUUGGAGUUAUAGGGUGGCCACACAACAAUCUUCAUACAUUUGACAGUAAAAGAAGAAAACUGCUGCACACACAUCAAUGAAUGUACAAGAACUGAUAUAUUCCAAGAGUGAACAUCCUAAGAAAGGCAAGGGACUGAUUGAACCUGAUUACGUGUACAAACGAUGAUAGCAAUCAUUGGACUUCAGGCUUACCUGAUGUAUUCUAAAGACCAAUAUGUUCAUACAGUUCUCAACGAUGAAACAAAAUGGAAACAACCUCCAUCAUGGAGCUCAGUCAAUUACUCCAUAAAAGAGUGACAGAAACUGACCCACAAACCCUCAAACAUUACAUCCUGCUGGGCAUCAGAAACAAUAUUGGAAACUGGAUCAGCAGAAAAGGGAGAAAUUGGUGGUAAAACCACAAAUAUAAUGGGAAUUAGGUGCUUACUACUCGGAGUGGUGGCUCUGAGGCUAAGGAUCUGCGCUGGUAUCCAAAAAGUUGCCUGUUCGAAUCCCCAUUACUGCCUAAAGAGAUCCUUCUCUGCUUGGCCCUUGAGCGAGGCCUUUAACCUGCAAUUGUUCCAGGGGCCCUGUACAAUGGCUGACCCCAAGGGGUAGAUGA